AUGUCAUCCUUCGAAGGCAAACUCAUUAUCAUCAACGGCGCUGCGUCCGGCAUUGGCCGGGCUACGGCAAAGUUACUUGCUAGCCAUGGUGCACUGCUAUCUUUAUCUGAUGUUAGCGCAGAGGGCCUCCAAAGCCUCCGGUCAGAGCUUCAGGAGACAAUAGUUCCUAAAAAGGGAAAUGCGGAAGUCGCCGAUCCAAUUUUUACCGCCUCCUUCGAUGUUCGGUCACAGGAAGCGUGUCAUGAGUGGAUUGCCAAUACGGUCGCACAUUUCGGGGGGCGCAAGAUUGACGGCGCAGCGAACCUCGCCGGCGUUGUGACUCUUCCAAAGGCUGGCCCAUGCGAUGGUCGAGAUAGCAAUGAUGCCGAGAUCGAUUUUAUCUUGGGUGUAAAUGUCAAAGGAAUCAUCAAUUGUCUCCGCGCGGAGUUACCGUACAUGCGGGAGGGUACCGCGGGUAUUGGUGGUGGCUCAAUUGUUAAUGGUGGCAGUCUAUCCGGCUUGAUGGGUUUAGGCGGCUACAUGCCGUACGUUUCCAGCAAGCACGCGGUCAUCGGAAUAACACGUACGGUAGCCAAGGAAGAAGGACCCAGAGGAAUCCGCGUUAAUGCUAUCGCGCCCGGUUUGAUCAAUACCCCCUUGCUUCAAGGCGUGGCUGAGGCUAGGGGAGUGACUGCGUCUGCGGAUAUGUAUGGCAGAGGGCCUACAGCGGCUUUAGGGCGUUUGGGGAGCGCUUUAGAGGUAGCUGAAGUGAUUGCUUUCCUUUUAGGCCCGCAGAGCAGUUUUAUCACUGGGGUCCCUUUAGUCAUUGAUGGAGGCAUGUCGGCUGCAGGAUGA